UACUUCCGGAAUACACAUGUUAUGAUUUUAUUAGUUAAACUGAUGUAUUGAAUUAGAUUGUUAGAGGUCUGUAUGUGUAUUGUUAAAAAAUGAGGCGUCUCAAUGUUGCCAAUAGCAACAAAACUUUAAAAGUUGUGAAAGAAUUAGAUGCAUUUCCCAAAGUACCUGAAGAUUACAAAAAGACAACAGUUUCUGGAGGGGGGUUGUCUAUUAUAACGUUUAUAAUUAUGAUACUAUUAUUUGUAUCAGAGUUUCAGUAUUAUAGAUCUACAGAACUGAAAUAUAAAUAUCAAGUAGACACCAAUUUUACUAGUAAAUUACAAGUCAAUAUUGAUAUGACAGUAGCUAUGCAAUGUAACGAUAUGGGUGCUGAUAUUCUAGAUAUAACAGGACAAGAUACUCAUAGUUUUGGUAAACUAGAUCUAGAACCUGCGUAUUUUGAAUUAUCACCAGAACAAAAAGAGUACCAGAGUUUUAUAUUAGACGUCAACCGCUAUCUACAGACAGAGUACCAUGCUGUACAGGAAGUCUUGUGGAGGUCUGGGGGACCUGAUUUUAGAGGAGGCAUGCCGCCAAGAGAAGAUAACCCGAGUGGUAAACCUGAUUCUUGUAGAGUAUCUGGAUCUUUAACAGUCAAUAAAGUAGCUGGUAAUUUUCAUAUUACUGCGGGCAAGUCUAUUCCUAUAAUACCACGAGGUCACGCCCAUUUAGCCAUGAUGUUAGACGAAACGGAUUAUAAUUUUAGUCAUAGAAUAGAUCAUUUAUCAUUCGGUGAACCGAUAGCUGGAGUUAUCUACCCUUUAGAUGGGGAACAACUUGUUACUAAAAAUAAUUAUCAUACGUUUCAAUAUUUUAUGAAAGUCGUACCGACGUCAGUAAGAACAUACGCAGCUAAUGUUGAUACUUACCAGUUUGCAGUCACUGAGAGGAAUCGGUCAAUAAACCAUCGAGAAGGAAGUCAUGGUGUCCCUGGUAUAUUUGUUAAAUAUGAUUUAAAUCCAAUAAAAAUAGAAGUUCGUGAAGAACGCCAACCGUUCUGGCAGUUUCUAGUGAGAAUGUGUGGUAUUGUUGGUGGAGUGUUCGCUGUUUCAGGAAUGCUCCAUGAUUUUUGUGGAUGUGUGAUAGAUAUUAUAUGCUGUAGAUAUUUUAAUAAUAAAAAUACAUCUUCAAAUAAUACUUCAUCUAAAAAUAUAUCAACGCCUCAACCAAUGUCUUCAUUAAUAAAUAAUCUACCAACAGAAUGCAGCGAUAAAACACCGUUAUUUUCAACAGAUAUAAACUUGAACACAUAGUCUUUAUUUAGUCUUCAAAUUCCUUACUGUGUUUAUUUAUAUAGACUUGAACACAUAGUCUUAUACUAUUAAGUAUUCAAAUUCCUUACUGUGUUUAUUUAUAUAGACUUGAACAUAUAUUUUAUUGUGUUUAUUUAUGUAGACUUGAACAUAUAGUCUUAUUGUGUUAAUUUAUGUAGACUUGAACACAUAGUCUUACUGUGUUUAUUUAUGUAGACUUCAACACAUAGUCUUACUGUGUUUAUUUAUAUAGACUUGAACACAUAGUCUUACUCUGUUUAUUUAUGUAGACUUCAAC